CAUAACGGAACUAUUGCCAUUGGUUCGAAACAAAUCGAAUGCAUUUGUCAGGCGCCAUGGGAUGGUCGAAACUGCGAGCGUUUGGCUUGUUGGAGAAUGGCCCCGAAAGAACAUGAAAGGCGAUGGCGUAAUGCUGGUGAUCGAUGUCGUUGCGCUGACGAAUAUGAAGGCGACAACUGCGACAAAGUUAUCAGAUGCAAAAACGAUGGCGAAAUUAUUGAUGGGAGGUAAUUUUUUUAAGCACCAAAGCUGCAGAUGA